AUGUCAUUUGUUUCCGCUCCUAUGUCACGUCAACCUCUUGGUGGGCGCUUACGUGAAUCAACUGUUAAAAAUGGUCGUACCAUAAAGUUUGUCACGGAAGUUGGAUCGACAACAUCACUGACAAGUGGUACCGGAAUGUUAAGUGUCUCACCCUUCGGUCAGAAUGCUGCAUCUACUAUACGUGACAGCCGUGAACGUGAAAAGAAAGAGAUGAGCGAUUUGAACGACCGUUUAGCUACUUACAUUGAAAAGGUUCGUUUUUUGGAAGCGCAAAACCGAAAAUUAGCGGCAGAUUUGGAUCUUCUUCGUGGAAAAUGGGGAAAAGAUACAUUCAAUAUAAAACAAAUGUAUGAAGGAGAAAUUUCGGAUGCGCGUGAAUUGAUUAAUGACACAGUAAAACAGCGCGAUGAUUUGGAAAAGCAAAUUCAUAAAAUGCAGGAUGAAUUAUCCGACUAUCGAAAAAGAUAUGAAGAAGCAUUACGGUCAUGCCGUACGGAUCGCAAGAAAAUUGAUCAAAUGUUUUCACAGCUUUCACAAAUUGAAGCUGAAGUUAACAUGUUACGACGUCGCAUUACGGAACUGGAAGAGGAAGUGAUGCGUACUAAAAAGGAGAAUCAGCGAUUAUUGGGGGAAUUGCAAAGAACACGAACUGAUGUUGAUCAAGAAACACUGAAUCGUAUCGAUCAUCAAAAUCAGGUGCAAACAUUAUUGGAGGAAACUGAUUUCAUCAGACGUGUUCAUGAGCAGGAGAUACGUGAGCUCCAAAGUCUUGCCGCUCGUGAUACUACGCCCGAGAAUAGAGAAUUUUUUAAGAAUGAAUUAGCGUCCGCAAUUCGUGACAUUCGGGCCGAAUAUGAUCAGAUAACAAAUGUCAAUCGUACGGAUAUGGAAUCGUGGUAUCGUUUGAAAGUACAAGAAAUCCAAACUCAAUCGGCAAGACAAAACAUUGAACAUGGUUACGCCAAGGAAGAAGUAAAAAGACUGCGCACACAACUUGCUGAUCUUCGGGGUAAAUUGAGUGAUUUAGAAGGACGAAAUUCUUUACUCGAAAAACAGAUUCAAGAGCUAAAUUACCAGCUAGAAGAUGAUCAACGUUCAUAUGAAGCAGCAUUGAAUGAUCGUGAUGCGCAAAUUCGAAAGAUGCGCGAAGAAUGUCAAGCAUUGAUGGUUGAACUUCAAAUGCUCCUUGAUACUAAACAGACAUUAGAUGCCGAGAUAGCAAUUUACCGGAAGAUGCUAGAAGGUGAAGAGAAUCGUGCCGGAUUGCGUCAACUAGUAGAGCAAGUUGUGCGUACUCAUGAGUUAACUCAUCGAGAAGAUACCGAGACGAUGAGAAUUAUGAAAGGUGAAGCUGCCUCCCGCACAUCAUUCCAACGAUCUGCCAAAGGAAAUGUUUCCAUUCAGGAAACAUCUGCCGAUGGUACCUUUAUUAUUAUUCAAAAUACGCACCGCGCUAAGGAAGAAUCAAUUGGUGAAUGGAAGUUGAAAAGAAAAAUCGAUGGAAAGAAGGAAAUCGUAUAUACGUUCCCCCAUGAUUUCAUCCUUAAACCUGGAAAAAGUGUUAAGAUUGUAGCCCGCGGACAUGGCAUUUCAUCACCACCAGAACAGCUCGUCUUCGAUGGAGAAGAUUCAUUUGGGUACAGUUCAAAUGUUCAUACAAUUCUCUAUAGCCGUGAUGGUGAGGAACGAGCUACACUUAUUCAGCGUUCAAGCCAAGCCUAA